AUGAUCGCUACAGAAGUGAACAUACCUCCUCAACAUGUUCAAAUCCUCGUCAUUGGAGGUGGUCCAGCUGGAUCCUAUGCUGCCUCAGCGCUCGCCCGCGAGGGCUUCGACGUCGCUGUCUUCGAAAUGUCACAGUUCCCUAGAUACCACAUUGGGGAGAGCCUGAUACCCUCCGUAAGGCAGUAUCUGAGAUUUGUCGAGGCCGAAGAGACUAUAGCGACGCAUGGCUUCGCCAGGAAGCCCGGAGCUGCAAUGAAAUUGAACCAGGGCAAGACCGAAGGGUAUACCGACUUCUGUGCGCUCGGGCCACAAGGCGCGGUAUGGAACGUCAAUCGCAGCGAGUUCGAUAAGUUGCUCCUCGAUCAUGCCGCCGAGAGCGGAGCCCGGGUGUACCAGCAAACGAAGGUCACCGAGCUCCAUUUCGAGAGCAAAGCGCCGGGAGAGUCUUCCGAGACGGACCUUGGUCGACCCCGGUCUGCUUCGUACACGCAAUCCACCGUCUCUGGGGCGCGAACUGGUCAAAUCAGUUUCGACUACCUGGUUGAUGCCUCAGGACGUACCGGCAUCAUGUCAAAUAAGUACCUGAAGAAUCGCAAAUACACAGAGAGCUUGAAGAACGUCGCAUUCUGGGGUUACUGGCGUGGAACUAGCGCGUACAUGAAAGGAUCAGGACUCAACCGCGAAGGCGCCGCCUAUUUCGAAGCACUCACCGACGAGUCGGGAUGGGCCUGGUUCAUUCCUCUUGCGAACGGCAUUACAUCCGUCGGAAUCGUCAUGAACCAGAAGAUCUACACCGCUUACAACACCCACGGCGAGCUCGCCGGCACCACCCUUCAAACCCGAUACAAGGCGAUGUUGAAGUAUGCUCCGCAUAUCCUCGGCCUGAUCGGCGACGCGACGGUCAUCGACGACCACCCUAUCAAGAUGGCGAGCGACUUCAGUUAUAACGCGCUGCAAUACGCCGGCGAUGGGUGGAGAAUCGUCGGAGAUGCUGGCGCCUUUAUUGAUCCGUUCUUCUCUUCUGGAAUACAUCUGGCACUCACCGGAGGACUGUCUUCUGCAAUAACCAUCUCCGCUGCGAUUCGCGGAGACUGCACGGAGAAAGUCGCGGCUGAAUGGCACAACAGGAGGAUCGGCGUUAGUUAUACCCGAUUCCUCGUCGUCGUUCUUGGGGCGUACAAGCAGAUUCGGUCACAGUCGUCUACAGCUUUGGCCGAUGUCGACGAAGAUAACUUCGACCGGGCGUUCUCGAUUAUUCGGCCAUUGAUCCAAGGAGCAGCGGACAUGGGGGCUCACCUUCAUGAAUCGGAGCUAGACGACGCAGUCGGCUUUUGCGGGAACCUGAUUGCGCCGGUCGAGACGGACACGAUCCAAAUCGUGCGUGACCAGCUGAAAGUCGAUUCAGCAAACGGCGGAGAUCAAGCCAGCAACUUAAGCCUCCUCGACGUCGAUGCUCCGAUCCAAGACCCCGCGAAGCUGGAACACGCCGCUACUUCGAUUUCGGAGAGCACUCUCGGACGUGUAACAAAAAGCGAGGCGCUGGCAUUGCUCAACAAGGUAAACGCACGGCGGAUCGUGCACCGUGAUCACAAUAGCGGAGUCAGCAACUUCGAGCGCGAGCCAUUGAUGAUUUCUGAUGGCGAUCAGUCCCUGGGAUGGGUGGCUAGGUUGAAAAGAGGAAAUCUUGGCUUGGUUCGCGCAGACGUUCAGCAGUAGUUUCUUUGCCUCAGAUGGCGUUGUAUUUCGUAUUGACAUGGCUCGUGUACAAUGGAUAGGUUGGUA